UUCCGCCUCUUCCGUCCGCGGCGACCGGAAGUGGGGCGGUAACGCCGGAAGCUGAAGGGAAUUUCCUGUGAGCUCGGCUUCCUCAACAUGGCAGCGCCCUUGUCAGUGGAGGUGGAGUUCGGAGGCGGUGCGGAGCUCCUUUUCGACGGCAUAAAGAAGCAUCAGGUCACCUUACCUGGACAGGAGGAGCCCUGGGACAUCCGGAACCUCCUUGUCUGGAUCAAGAAGAAUUUGCUGAAAGAGCGGCCAGAGUUGUUCAUCCAGGGAGACAGCGUGCGGCCAGGAAUUCUGGUGCUGGUUAACGAUGCGGACUGGGAACUGCUGGGCGAGCUCGACUACCAGCUGCAGGACCAGGACAGCGUCCUCUUCAUAUCCACGCUGCAUGGCGGCUGAGGGCCCCCCUCUGUGCCUGGGCUCCCUUGGGAUGGGGAGAAGAGCGCGAUCAGACAUCCUCUGGGGCCCUGCUUCCAGGUCUCCCUGUCCCCCUUGGCUGCUUUCUUCCCUGCUCUGUCCCCCGAGCUCCCUCCAGGCAGGGAAAAGAGGCCAGGUGCUAAAAAUGAGCCUUCCUCAGGCACGUGAGUGGGGGCGGGCAGGCUCAGCCCUGCCUCCCUCCCCAGCAGCUGAGGUGGGGGAGGGUGCCCCUCUGUUUUUUCACAACAGGAGGGGGCUCCCUGGCCAGGUGACCCAGCUGCCUUCCACUCCUUGUGUCUCAGCCUAAACACCGAGUGACCACUGACGAGGCACUCCAGCUCUGGGCUGUAGUGUCUUCACGGGGAAGAUGAAUGGACCGGAAUAGCUGAUAGGAGGCCCCUCCCUUCUCCAAGAUGGGAGACGUCUCUGCCUCAGUUUCCCCAUCUAGACAGCAGAGGGCUCUGGCUGUCCCCCACUGAUAUCAUUAUGGAACCCCAGCUGGGGUCCCCUAUUCAGUGCUGACUCCCCCUCCCAGCAGCUGCUCUUCCAACCACACCCCUCCUCCUGCUCCCCCAUCCCCAGCCCUUGACCCUGGCUGGCCUUCCCCCCCACAGGCCACCAGAUGGGCUCCUAAGACCCUCCCCCAGCAAAAGGCUGCCUGCAGCUCAUUCUGGAGAGAGAGAGAGAGGAGCAGGAAAACCUUGGACUGGCACAUAGAGGCCUGGGGGUAGGAGUGCCUCAGUUUCCUCCUCAACAGCAACUGAAUAUUUAUAAGUAUCUGAAAGCAGGCGUGAUACGUGACGGCACAAAUGUAGACUUUAUCUCUGUUCCCACCUCCUGUGGGAAGCAGGAUGGGGGCAGGCAGCACCUGGUAGGCAGGCCCCCUCCUCCCUCCAUCCCUUCUGGAAGUCUUGGGGCCUCAGUGCCUGCAACAGCUGGCCUUGGGCAAAUAAAAGACGAGGUUGUUUACUA